UCGUACUCUGCCCGCAUCCGCUCGAGCGUUAUUACGGUUCUGAGACGCAAAGGUCUGCGGAUAGAGGUCCAAUAUUCGAUUGAACAAAACCGUUUUGUACAGCAGCAGGCCCCCCGCCGGCCGCCGCCAUGACGAGCAACCUGCCGGCCUCGGCGACCGGCGGCGUGCAGCCAAUGUCCAUCGAGGGCCGCUGCAAGAACGUGCGCGAGCGGCUCAUCAAGAUGUCGGCCGAGGACCGAAAGUGGCGCGCCCAGUGGCUGCGCGACCAGCAUCUGGGGCCCAUGGAGCCAAGGUACAUCCCAGAGUACUUCAAUGAGAUUACGAAUCCCAUUCGGCGUCUCUACAAGUGGCCUCUGAACACCCUGUUUGAGAAACUUCAGCCUGCGAUGGGGGUCAGGGGCGCCUUCAUGGCCCGAUGGUACACGGGCAAGAUGCUCAUGUUCGUCGGAGCCAUCUACAUCGGCCACUACUAUUUCAAAUACAACAGAAACGACUGGACGCGCCGUGGUGGCUGGGGGGUGAAUGUAUCGAGGCAGUCCGUGCUGCCCGGCGAGGAGGACUACCCCAACACAGGCGACCGGCACCACCACUGGGACUACUACGACCGCGGCUUCAAGGACCGCACCGUUUACAAGGGCGGACUGUACUGAACCAGACGCCGGUGUAGCGCGUUCUCAUGUGCCGGUACGUGCAGUGUGCGUGUAAAUAUAGUCGGUGUGGACGGGUA